CCGCCGUCGUGUGUUCCGCGUGCGUCCACCAAACACGGCCGGCUGUUGCUGCUGCUGCUGGUAGUGUGCUGGUGGUGUGUUGGUGCUGGUGCUGCUGCUGCCGGUGGUGGUGGUGCUAUCGCUGCUCGCUGUCUCGGUUGACGCGGUCGUCGUCGCUGUUGUCGUUGAAAACGAUUGUGUACGCCGUCCGAUCCGAAAGCCCCACUCCAGCUGCACGUGUGUGGACGGAAAAAUAAUUUUUAAGGUGGAUUCGCCAACUUAUAGUUUUCCAUUAAACUGUAGGCCAAGAAUGUGGAUAUAUUUGAAAAAGUCAAUAUUAUAUUUAAAAUAUAAUAUUAAAUAAUACAGAGAGCAGCGAAACAGAAUAUUCAGGUCGAUUACGUUAGUCGCGUCACUGGAUAACCCAAAAUUUGUGAUGGUGAUAUAAAUCUGUAGAGUAGGACGCUGCCACAGUCACAAAUCGCCAAUAGAAAAUGAAUAAUGGCGUAUCCGAGGCUUCGUCAUUACAGGACGAUGACGGCCAUAUGUUUCGUGUGCAACCUGCCGAUCCUCAGUUAUCAGGUGGGACUGGUAUGGCAGGGUGGCAAUGGUUGGGACGAUAUACUGCGCGAGCAGAUGGAGGAGACGACGAUCAAACAACGGUUGGGUGGUCGUCGGGACUCAGCCGCACAGAUCACCACCGAGUCACCGCCAACAGAGACCGCGGAAACGUCGCCGCCGGUCAGUCGGCGACGGAGACGCAGUUCACUUGCCCAGCUCACCGAUAUAUUGCGCGAGUGGAGCGGAGGCGGCGGUGGCGGAGGUAAGUCGGGUGGUCGGCCAAAGGGUAUCACCAGGCGAGAGACGCUGGCCGACAUUGCCAAAACGCUUCCGUUUGGUCGGUCCAACACGAUCACGUCAUCCAGGAAGCGGCGCGAGUCGUCCGUUGACUCAGGUGUCAAGUCGUUGUCCAGUAAAGGUGGCGGCCGUCGGGACUCCAAAACCGACUUCCGGGCCGACAUUGCCAAACUGCUCAAUAACCGGCGUGACUCCAUUAUAACGCCUAGUAGCGUCUCACAGCAGUCCAGGCGCAGAGGAUCUGGAGACGUCGGUUAUUCAGACGGCGAUGGCGGACGUCGCGGAUCCAGGGACGACGGUCGUGCGUUCCGACAGCACCGCACGUGCCACAAGCGCAGGGACUCGCAGGCAAUCGUCGUGCCGGGCCAGUCCACGUCGUCCAACGGAUCGACGGGCGGCGGCGGUGACGGUCCCGCGAAGACGGUGGACGACCAGACCAUGACGCCGCCGACGAUGGUCAUCAGCAGCGUGACGCCGCCACCCACUUCGCCACGUGCCCCUCUGUCACCCACGCAUCAGCACGCACCGUCGUCGUCCGUCUCGUCCGUCUCCAAUGCCGCCUCCAUCAGUGCCACUGCCAACACAUCCGUGGCAACUGCGCAGCACGGCGCGUCAAGCGGUUACGCGACGUGCUCCGUGGUGCCCACCCAGCACAGCGUGUCAUGCGGUUACACGCCGCCAGUGUCGGGGCCCAGCUCGCCGGUGUCUGCGGUGCCACCGACGCAGUUGUGCGCCGGUAACGUGACGCACGCACCGUCCGUGUCCCGCAGAGACUCCACCACGCAAGUAUACUCCUCGAGAGCUCGUCGGAAUUCCAAGCCUCACGUGUCGCCCGAACGAAGGCACAGCAAGGAUGGUAUAUCGGUAGGCAACAAGUUGCCCAGGUUGCAGCGGCAAUCGACGGCUAUCGAUGAGACCUGCAUGCCAUCGAGCCUGCAUUGCGGCCGGCGGAGCUCGCAACCGACACUGUCCGCAGACUUGGACUAUUCGGACCGGAAGACCAGGCGCGACUCCCUAUCGCCUGACUCGGCGCACUACGCACGACGCCGAGACUCUAGAGUCAGCGGUGGUUUGUCCCCUGAUAGACAGGGCAGGGACGUAUCUCCUGGAAGGCAGAGACGCCGUAGGAACUACCGACGUCAGAGCACUACGAUGGGCGGUUACAACGUACGGAGCUGCCAAUCGUCCAGAUCGCCGGAUUCGUCGUCUUCGUGCUCUUCCCGAGAACCCUCGCCAGCCGGCAGGGCUGUAGCGCCUGCGACUUCUCAACGGACUCCGAUUAUCCGGAGACAAUCUACUACCGAAGAGAUAUUGAUUGCCAGGGGCUUCCGUAGACAAUCAACUACCGAAGAAAUGAUUCGGUGCAGGAAUUUUCGUCGACUAUCGUCUCAAUCAGAUGAAUGUUAUCGUACGAGAGGUCGAAGAGAUUCAAGUACACAAAUCAUAGAUGGAACUCUAGCCACUAUGGCCGUGGAGACAAGUAGCACUUUGUUCGAUUCUAGUACACAAACAGAGACUUCUUUGUUGUAUGAUAACAAGCAUUACCACGAAGAAUGUUUGCGUUGCAACUCGUGUGGAAUGAACCUUACCGGCCCGAACCAGAAACGGGCCAGGAGGUUCAAGAAUCACAUACUGUGUGAUUUACACUUCGCCGACGUGGCUUUGAUGGAGUGCUCGGAUUUCAUGCAACAACUUCGCAGUUUUAAGCCACAAUCGUUAGGUUGUGCUGUGGCCAGAAGGAAAAGCUCUACGACAUUAAUAUUUCCGUUGCCACCGCAGGCAUGUGGAGAUGAUAUUUGUGAGGAAUGGCCUCAUAACUUUCAGCCAGCUCCCGGAUACUGGAUAGAAUGUUCUCGCCAAAAAAUCACUAGUGAAGCAGGAUAUGUUGAAGAAUCUGGAUCUGACGAACGUGAGUUAAAUAAUGGCUCAAAUUCAGAUGGAGCAGAUGGUGCCCAAGAGUAUUUUGGAAAUAGAUAUGGACGGCCUCGGGGUUCAGAUAGUUUGCUACUAGAGGAUGAUGAAUAUUAUCCAUAUGAUGAUGAUUACAUUAUGCCACCAUCCAGACCAAAAACUUCAAUUGAGGAACAGUGGGAAAAAAAUCGAUGUUUCGAAUUAACUUCUGUAGAACAAGAAACAUUUGAAAGGUACUUUUAUCAAAAGGAACAUUGGAAUUAUUUCACAAAUGAUGAAGAUUUGGGCCCAAUUAUCUUAAGUCUUAAACAAGAAACCAUUAAUGGUCGAGACCAAUUUAGGAUAUUGGUCAGAGCAAUCAGCUACACAGUUCAUGGCUUAAUACCAGCAUCUUGUGUAUUUGCCGAUCGCUAUAAUCGUGAGGAAGUGGUCAGAUCUCUAGGUAAAGAGAUCAAUUUAAAUCCACCCUUAGUACUUGGCCAAUUACCUGACACAGCCGAUGAACUUCUAAAAUUAGACCAAGUAUUCAUGAAAUCUGAACUCAAAGUUGGAGUAAUAUACGUCAAAGAAGGCCAAACCACUGAAGAAGAUAUAUUGGAUAACAAUGAAAAUAGCUUAGCAUUUGAAGAAUUCCUUGGACUUUUAGGAGAGACCAAAAGACUUUGUGGGUUUGAUAAGUAUCGAGGAGGAUUAGAUACAGUACAUGAUUUGACUGGGACACAUUCUGUUUAUACGAAUUGGAGAAAUAUUGAAAUAAUGUUUCACGUUUCAACUAUGUUACCCUAUGAAGCACACGAUGCACAAAAAUUACAAAGAAAAAGACAUAUUGGUAAUGAUAUUGUGUGCGUUGUAUUCCUUGAAGCUGAUGAUACCCGAUUUUCACCAGCAUGUAUAAAAUCACAUUUCCUUCAUACUUUUAUAUUGGUCAGAGUAAGUCCGAGAAUUCGAAGAAAAACAGAAAGGACUAAAUACGAAGUAUCUGUUGUAACUAGAGAUGAAGUUGGGGCUUAUAAACCAUAUCUUUGGGAACAAUCGGUUUUCGAAGAAAAGGAUAUGUUUAGAGAAUGGAUCUUAACAAAGAUUGUAAAUGGCGAACGAGCUAGUUAUUCAGCACCAAAAUUUGCUAGAAUGCAAGAACGUACUCGUAGCCAAAUGCUUGAAGAUAUUGUUGCCAAUUUACAAAAUCAUUGUGAGACUGGUCAAAUACCUAAACCAUACAGGAGAGGUUCAUGGAGACCAAUAGGGCAUAUGAGGCCAUCCAGUCCAUUACUCGAUUCGGUUAGAGAUCGAUUUGAAGACUACGAUACUCUUGCUAAAGAUUUUACAAAAUUCUUCAUAAACUCCGAAUCAAAUGCAUCUAUAAAUGGUCAUUUGUUUGAUGUAGUAUUUUUAGUAGGUCAAAGUAAACAGAAAACGAAGUUUAUUGGUGUACGAGCAAUUUUAGGUGUAAGAAGUCGAGUAUUCCAAGAAAUGUUAUACGGCAUUUCCACCGGUUUUGGAUCUCCUCAAAUGCCGGUUGCUGAACUAUUAGCCCGAGGUCUUCCUAGUUUACCUUCUCAACAACACCAAAAAGCAAAAAGUAGUAACUUUUUACAAGUUCCGGAUAUAGAAACACCAAGGGCCAAAAGUGUUCCUAGCUCCCCGAUGAUGCGAAGAGCUAUUUCCAGAAUAGGAACGAUUACUGCUGGAUGGAGUAAGUCAAUAAGAAAACAACAAAAUCUGUCAGCUGAUGAUAAAAAGAAAUGGGCUUCUUCUCAAGAUUUCAGCCAUAAAGAAAAAGAAAAGGACAAAGAAAAGGAGAAAGAAAGGUUAGCUCAGUUGUCCGUACCUAAAGUAAGUGUUUGUCCAAAUAACGGAGGGGACAAGAUUGAUCGAGCAAAACUCAAUCAAAUCGAGUUUUCAAUCAUCGAAUUUGAUCCCGACACAUUUCGAAUAUUACUGGAUUACUUACAUACGAGCUCUUGUAAAAUCACUUGUGCUAAUGUCCCCGGGCUAAUAUGUGCAGCUGAACACUAUGACUUGCCAGAACUCUUACAGGCGUGUUUCCAUCAUACAAAACAGCAUUUAAGGGUAGAUGUGAUAUGCUUAAUGUUAAACAGUUUGGAAAAUUACGUAUGGAGGUACAAUUCAGCAGUGGAAUUAGUUAAUUUGAUAUUUACUUACAUCGAACAAAACGCAUUAAGGGUUUUAAAUCACUGUGAUUUUCUUACGCUUUCCGAGUCACUGGUACAGCAGAUAAUGUGUAGACCACUCGAAGUGUCUGAAAUUCGAAAGUUCCAGGCAAUGAUAAAAUGGGCAACCAAUAAGAGCCAGACAAAAACCAACGCCAAAGAAGAAUUUCAUCAUAUCAUGACAAGGCUGAAAAAAGAUAUUAAUCUGGUUAAAAUUGCACCCAACGAUCUCAUAAAUAUCGUGUUACCUACGCGAACUGUCGAUAAUCAAGACAUUCUGAGCACACUGUGUAAGCAAGCUGGUACCGGGGAGUACAAAAUCGAAAAGACUGUAUUCGAGAGGCUCAGCAGACAUAGGUCUGAUUGGGACCACGUCGAGCCUUAUCUAUAAAUAAAAAAUCAUUUUGAAAAGAAGACCACUAAUAAUAAUAAAAAAAUUUAGUUUUUACAAAGAAAUGUAUGUUUUGUGAUUAGUUUAAGAUUUAUUAUACAAACAUGAUGUUUUGUUAUCAUAUCGCUGUGAGAUUUUUAUCUUUCACAUAAUAAUUGCUAUUAAUAAUAAUAAAAUAAUA